UGCGUCGCGGAGGAGGCUGCUAGGGAAGUGGAGGCUCUGCGGCCGGUGGGUGCUAGCGUGGCAGCGUCAGGUAGCUGUUCCCCCGCUGCCGGCUCUGGACCUGGCGCUGCGGCGUAGCCGACUACGACGUUCAGGAGAAAUACCAGUCGCAGCUGCCGCCUGACCUGGGAGGGUAGGGAGGGCCCAAGCCGCUGAAACAAGGCUGCGAAAGUUUUCCGGCCGCCCAGUCGGGACUCUAAUUUAAUUUGCGGAGCGGGGACUCUUCCAGGUUGCCCCACAUCCUACCAGGUGCAGCCGUUGCUCUGUGGCCGAGUCAUGGGCGCGCCCCCUACUCCUGGCUGGCCUCCCAGGAAUUCAGCCUUCCUGGAUUCUCCCAAGGGGCUGCUCCAAAGGAAGAGGUGGGGAGUGAGAGGAAUCAUCCAUCCUGCCUGUGCUACUGGAUGAAUGGAAAACUCUGAUUUAAACAAAGUACUAACAAGGAAUUGUCCUUGAUUUUUGUACUUCGUAGCAUUCCUCAACAUUCUUUUUACAUUUUCUCUUACUGUAAAAACUGCAUUUAAGUUAGAAAAUGAAGCAAUUGAAAAGGAAAAGGAAAAGCAAUUUCAGUGUACAAGAAACUCAGACCCUUUUGAAAGAAAUUACAAAAAGGAAAGAAGUCAUUUUUUCCAAGCAGCUCAAUACAACAAUUAAUGUGAUGAAGCGAAUGGCUUGGGAGGAGAUUGCACAGUGUGUGAAUGCUGUAGGAGAAGGAGAACAGAGAACAGGGACAGAAGUAAAAAGGAGGUACCUUGACUGGCGAGCACUUAUGAAGAGAAAGAGGAUGAAGGCGAACAUUAAGCUAGUUGGUUCGGGGUUUCCCCUUCCCACAUCCGAUUUAGAUGACUCUCUCACUGAAGAGAUAGAUGAAAAGAUUGGAUUCCGAAAUGAUACAAAUUUUGAUUGGCAAAAUGUGGCAGAUUUCAGGGAUGCAGGUGGAUCCUUAACUGAGGUCAAAGUGGAAGAGGAAGAAAGAGAUCCCCAGAGUCCUGAAUUUGAGAUUGAAGAGGAAGAAGAAAUGUUGUCAUCAGUCAUACCAGAUUCCAGGAGGGAAAGUGAACUUCCUGAUUUCCCCCACAUUGAUGAGUUUUUUACUCUGAAUUCAACACCAUCUAGGUCUGCAUAUGAUGAGCCCCAUUUGCUUGUAAACAUAGAGAAACAGAAACUAGAAUUGGAAAAACGACGGCUCGAUAUUGAGGCUGAAAGACUGCAGGUAGAGAAGGAACGCCUACAGAUUGAGAAAGAGAGGCUGCGACAGUUAGACAUGGAGCAUGAGCGGCUUCAGCUGGAGAAGGAGCGGCUGCAGAUUGAAAGAGAGAAGUUGAGGUUACAGAUAGUCAACUCAGAGAAACCAUCUUUGGAAAAUGAACUUGGUCAAGGAGAAAAGUCCAUAUAUCAACCACAGGAUAUAGAAACAGAGAAGUUAAAACUUGAGAGAGAACGCUUGCAACUGGAAAAAGAUAGGCUGCAGUUUUUAAAAUUUGAAUCAGAGAAGCUGCAGAUUGAAAAGGAGCGCUUACAAGUAGAGAAAGAGAGACUACGAAUGCAGAAGGAAGGACACUUACAGUGAUUUAUUUAGGUCUCCAUUUAUCAGUUGUUUGUAAACCAUAGGCUUAGAUAAUAUAAAAACGGUUGCAGGAUUAGCUGUGUUGUUUUUUUUUUCUUGUUUAAUAUUAGUGUUUUCAGUAGGAAAAAGAUAGUUAUUUGUGGGUAAUUAUAUGCUUAAGUAGUAUAUUGUAUAAAAACUAUGUGCCCUUGCAUAAACAGUAUAGCAAAAACUAUUGUGCUAUACUCUUUAAAUUAGUAAAAUUACAUAGAGUCUUGUCUAAUCUGUGCACUCAGAGUUUACAAUUAUGUCUGUAAAAUUCUAGCUCAAUAGUUCUCAACUGGGGGUGACUUUGGCUCCCAAAAGACAUUUGGCAAUGUCUGGAGACAUUUUUGGUUGUCAAAACUGGGCGGUGGGGCACGUUGCUACUGGCAUGUAGUAGGGAGAGGCCAGGGAUGCCUACAUCCUGCAAUGCACAGGACAGCCCCCCACAAAAAAGAAUGAUCCAACCCAAAAUGUCAACAUUGCUGAGGUUGAGAAACCCUGUCCUAGCCUGACUGAGCACCUCUUCAGCUUUGUUUCAGUUUCAGAAUAUUAAAACCUCAGAUAUUUAUGUGGGAGUUACUUAAAUGGCCCAAAACUUUAACUAUGAAACAUUACUGUGUAGUAUAUUGAAUAUAGAAAGUAAUGAAGAUUAUAGGUAUUUUAUUCAUAUGUUUCCAUCUGUAAAUAACGUGAAAGUCAGAAAACAAUGCAGGGAACAUCAGAGAUUGUCUAAAGUGGGUCACUUUGAAAAGCAGUUCAUUCGUCCAGCUAUUAUUGAUGCUUUAGAAACCACACACACUUUUUAAGCUUUAGUUAGUUACCCUUUCUUCUUUGAUUCCAUUGUCUUAGUUUAGACAAAAAUUUUCAUUUCAACCAUGUACUGAAAUCUUAAUGUAAGUGGUUGAAUCUAGUAAACAUGUUACCCGUUUAAAAAUGGUACCAGUAGUCAAUGAGCUUGAACUCAGUAAGUGGUAAUUUGAUUUUUAAAAUAGAUAAUAGCUAUUUGGAACUGGGAGUAGGGGUGGGGGGAGAAUGUCCUUGUAUCCAAUAGUAAUGAUGAUGGUGAUGAAAUAAUGACAGUAGCUGUGUGUUUUGAAUUAGGAAAUCACUUACUGCACACUUCCUGACCUAAUCUGUAGAAAAUUGAGAGUAGUAUCUAUUGUUAUUCCUGAAUCUGAGGCUUAGAAGUCAUACAGUGUGUAAAUGGCUAAUUUCAUAUAUCAUGAUGUAUUUUGUCUUUGCCCCUCCCUGUGCAACAAAGUAUGUAUCUUUAGUCCCUUUGGUAUUUAUUCUGAGACCAAGGGCUUGCUUAAUCUGGUGAUUUGCCUUCAGUCCCCUGAAGGUACUGCUUCCACAAUCCAGGUGAUUCUAAUGUACACUAAAGUUGAGAAUCACUGCACGAGAUCACUUUGUAUUUUCCCAUUUCCAGGGCUGAUAUGUAGCCUUAGUGUAUCUCUUCUAUUGACAGGUACUACCUUGAUUCUGCAUUUGGUCCUUGUUAAUUUAAGAAUGUCUUGAAACCAUAUGUGACAUUUGAGUAUGGGUAUGUAAGGAAAAAAUAUACUUCUUAGUUACCUUGACUUUGAAAUAGUGUUAUUUUUCUAUAACUGAAAUAAAUGCUUCUACCAUAGAAAUAAAAUUUGUCUAUACUAACUAUGUGAACGUUUAUCAUUUCAAGUGAUGCUCAGUGCUAUGAGGGUUGAGGUUGUCAAGCCUGGAAAAGAGCUUUAUCAUGGGCUUCCCUGGUGGCACAGUGGUUAAGAAUCCGCCUGCCAAGGCAGGAGACACAGGUUUGAGCUCUGGUUCAGGAAGAUCCCACAUGCCGUGGAGCAACUAAGCCCAUGUGCCCCAACUACUGAGCCUGUGCUCUAGAGCCUGAGAGUCACAACUACUGAGCCCGUGUGCUGCAACUACUGAAGCCCGUGUGCCUAGAACCUGUGCUCCACAACAAGAGAAGCCACCGCAAUGAGAAGCCCACGCACCACAAUGAAGAGUAGCCCCUGCUCGCCGCAACUAGAGAAAGCCUGCGCACAGCGAUGAAGACCCAACACAGCCAAAAAUAAAAUAAAUUAAAUAAAUUUAAAAAAUAAUUUUAAAAAAUUCAUGCAAAACUCUUGAUAAACAAAAUAUGAAAAUUUGAAAACUUAAAAAUUGACAUAGUAAAACAAAUGGUACCUUGUUACCCUGCAAAAGAAGUUUCAGUAAGCUGAAGUUAAUUAAAAAUUACUGAAGAUGUUUACUUAUUUUAAAAAAGUGUCAAAAAUGUCAAUUCUCUCAAUUGAA